GUAAAAUUUUCAAAAUGGCGGCAAUUUUCGUCUCCUAGAGGUACAAUAACAUUUAAAACAUUUUGAAUCACAAAAUCAAUUUGCCGACGCGAUACAUUGUCAAUACCGUUAACUAUAGUGGCCAAGUCCUUGCUGCAUCUGUACAGAGAGCUCAUGAUUGCUAAUGCGGUGCAACAAAAUUAGGUUAAUUUCGUUUUUAGGUUUUCUUGUCAUAUUGUUAGUAUCUUUUAACGUUUUCCUGUUGAGUAAGCUAAACAGCGUCAGUGGGGAGGGAUACCUCAUUAGAUUCAAGAAUCUUCUCGAAAAACAGCUGGAUUUCAAACAACUUCCAACAGAUUCCUCCGGCCAGUACAAAGUAGAUGUUAACUUUCUUUUGGCAAAGACUCAUGUAUUGAAAGAGGAACUGGAUGUAACAUUAGUAACUCAUUGUACUUCCAAUCACCUUCAUUAUCUACUUGAACUCACUGAGCACUGGAAAGGCCCAAUAUCAUUAGCUGUAUUUAUACCAGGCUAUGAUGCAGUAACAUCAUUUACCUCUCUACUUGGCCUCUAUCAGUGUCAUGAAGCAUUCAGAGAUCGUGUGACAGUACAUUUGGUGUACCCAUUGUCACAUCCUCCUGCAGAAAAUGUACUUCACCCACAUUGGAAACAAGCACUGAGUCAGCAAGGAAACUGCAACAAGUUUUUAGCAAAACUCAAGAGCAAUGUGGUUGGAGGAGAACAUGGCAGGAAUUAUGCCAAUGUCAAAGUGCCCUAUCCAAACAAUCUGUUGAGAAAUGUCGGACGCUCAAUCUUACCUCCAGAGGCCUACAUACUGGUGGUUGAUGUGGACAUGAUGUGUAAUGGUGAUCUUUAUUCCAGUUUCCUUGAAUACGCCCAACAUAUAAACCUUAUGGUGAACAAAGUUAAAAGGGUGUUUGUGGUAGCUGCUUUUGAAAGUGUUAAAAAGCUUUCACCAUCACUGACAAAGAAAGAGUUAUUAGGCCUGUGGGAUUCUGGUAGUGUACAGCCAUUUUAUUAUCAAACAUGUUGGAAGUGCCAGAAGCAUUUAGAUUAUGAUGCAUGGAAGAGCUAUAUCUCUUCAGACAACAAUUUGCAGAUAGCUUAUUCCGUUGAUUGGAAGGAUCCAUGGGAACCAUUUUACAUUGCACCCAAUCAUGUUCCUCUAUAUGAUGAGAGAUUCAAGCAGUAUGGGUUUAAUAGGAUCAGUCAAGUCUGUGAGACUCACACUGCUGGCUAUGACUUUGUGGUCCUCAACAGUGCUUUUCUUAUUCAUCAUGGUUUCAAAACAAGGGAUGGAUUUCACUCUGCCAAGGAUGAGGAAAAUAACCGUAACAGAGAUCUUUUUAGGACAUUUAAAAAGGAACUCAAGUCUAAAUAUCCACAGUCAACAAGUCACUGUUGACAGACAAUGUACCACUAAAACUGAUUAACAUGAAAAUACCAAAUAUUUAUUAAGACACUUAACUCUUUUUAUCUUAUUGAGAGAAAAAGAAAGAUUUUUCUGAGCUGGA